UGUGGUUGGCUCUGAUUCCUUCGUGGAUCCCCAACAUCUGCCUAGUGUGGGGAGCCAAUGGUUAAUGGAUCCAGCUCCCCAACAGACCACAGCAAUGCCCUGGCUCCUCUUCAUGCAGCUAGUGGAUAUGUGCUUUGCUCUCCAAGGAGCGUGCUGCAAGGCCUGCUUUGCAGAGCGUUCCCACAAAGUGUGCUUGUUCCACAUCAAUAAUCCCUUUAUCACAAUGAUUCCUCAUGUUGGACAACAUUUCACAAAGUGCAUCUCAGUCUAUUGUUCUGCCUGUAUGGCUGUGCCACUGAUGACUGGAGCGCACACUGGCCAUCUCAAACAUGGGUAAGCACGAGGUGGCACAAUAGCAAUUAUAGCUCUGAGCAUGACUGACCUCUACCACCAGUAAACUAUAGGAAGCAGCCAACUAUUUAUGUAUUCACCUACCUAUCCCCCUUCCUGCAGCUGUACUGAGCUCACUGAUGAGUCCCUGACCUGAAGAGCUUGCAAACAAGCUUUGGAUUGACAGGCAUAACAACACGAACUGCAGGAGGAAUCAGCUGCUGUAACUAGCCCUUGUGUUCAGGUUGGGGCAGCCAAGGACACAUGUUCAUCAUUUAAAGAUGACCCUGCCUUGGGGUCUCCCAAAGACUGACUCCCUUGCCUACACUCCCUACUGAGGGAUGUGGUCAGUGGGCAUGGUGGGGUGGGUUGGGGUUGGACUGGAUGAUCUUAGAGGUCUUUUCCAACCCAACAAUUCUGUGUCUUUCUGGGUAAAUGUAGGCAGCUGCACGCAGUGCCCAUUUUUCAGGGUCUCUUCAUCACUCAGGGAGCUGCUGGUGGCAGCAUGUGGCAACCAGGCGCUGGGGUGGCACAGCACAGUCCCUGUCUGCUGCCAUCACUCUGCACUGCUUGGGCCCCAUACAGCCCCAGAGCGCACUGUAAAUAGUCGGAAGCGAUGAAUGGAUUUCCCCUUCCUCUCCAUGUGUGCUUUAGAUUUUUGGCCGGAUACAGCAUGGGCUUGGGACACACCAAAACAUGGAUCUUUCUCCCCGGCAGGCCAGGCUUUCACAUGGGAACUGCUCAAUAUGCUGCUUGCAGAGCAGUGUGUGGUCAAGUGGGUAAAGAUUGCAGUGAUUUCCUCAGGAAUGCCAUGCAUUUACCCUUGCCCUGCACCUGCCUGAGCCCACCCUGGCCUUACAAGGUCCCUCGGCAUACAGUGCGGCUGCAGCCAUGGCAAGGCCCCGAGCUUUCCCCUGGGUGUAGCCCAAGGACAGGCGGUUUCUGAAACAGGAAAGAGGGAGACAGGCUGGAAGGCGGUCAAGGAAAGCCAGGCUUUCUGCUGCUUCCAGCUUCCUCCCAGACGUGUUUAUGGCCCUGCAGAGCAAUCUUCUCCCCCCAGCAGCUGCUGCCCUCCUGCCCAGGCUGUCCAGCUGUUUUCUGCUGUGAGGGCUCUGCUCAGCCACUGCCGAACUAACCCCCCUGCCUUGUGGCAGAAUGGCUGUGAGGUCCCCACUUCCCUGCCACUCAGCCCUGCAGGGACAUGGAUGGGGCUGUGGAUGCUGGUACCCUGCUGGGGCAUUCUGUACACACUGCACUACCAUACCGGCAUGUGGAAGUGCGGGGGAAAGCAGCAAGGCAAGGAACAGCAGCAGGACUUCGCUACCACUUGGUCAGCUCUCUGAGGUGAGGACAUGAGUUGGUGGCCCAUGCAGGCUCAUGGUGGUCAAGGUGUCCUGAGGUCUGCAUGGCCUCGGUGCCGGGGGCAGAGCCCUUGAGGGUCAGCUCCCGCCUGCGGCUCCUGGAGUCAGGGCUGGCUCUGAACAAUGGGUGGAGAGCAGGAAACGCCGCAUGGGAAACAGGAUUUGGCUCCGCCGCCGCCGCCGCCAGCCGCGGCCCCUUGGCCCCUUUCCUUUCCCUGCUCCACAGAGCCCUUCCCAUAGCCGCGGGGCACGCCGAGGCGAUGAGGAUGCCGCUGCACGAGCAGGCUCGGGCGUGAGACCCUAACUAUUGCAGGCAAGAAAGGGGCUGGGAUACCACCCGGUCACGCUGGGGCUCAGCAUGGCUGGGGGCACCCUGAGCAUGCCAUUCUAGCCCCACGGGAGAGCCCCACCGGGCAGCAAACCUCAGUGGCCCCUUUGCCACACAGCUGGGCAGCAGCCGAGUGGGUGGGGACGAAGGCAUCAUUCACACCAUGCCCCAGCUAUGAUCCAGAGGAAGGGGUCCUGCCCACCCCGGUCGUCAAGCAAGAGUGCUGGGGCAAGAUGGAGAGUGUGGGACAGGGGUCCUGAGCCUCCACUCAUGUGGAGCCCCUAGGCAAUUGCUACCACUGGCUCUGUCACCCGUGGCUGGGAUGUGCUGGAUAUUUUCCUGUGCCAGAUUUGGGACACAUUUCAAGGACAUGGGACUCCAGUUCUAUCUUCUGCUUCUCCUCCCAUGGAUGGCAGGGGCCAUUCUGGAUAUCACCCUGAUUGCCAAUGUGCAGAGCCUGUCCCACUCUGACUUCUUCCUCUCCUGCAUCAUGGGGGAGCGCGACGUGAGCUACCUGCAGAUUGAGCGGGAGAACAAGAUUGUGAUGACACACCCCAAGACAGGCUUCCAAAACUACCGCAACCGCAGCAACUACGUCCAGGCCAGGGGCUUCUCCAUGCCUGACCUGGUAGGGAUCCUCUACUGCCUGGGGCGCACACCAACAGAGCAGGCCCAGGUGGUCUAUGUGCACAACAGCCACAAUGCCCACCUCUUUCCAGUGAAGGCCACGCAGUCUGUGAACGUCGGCGAACCGGCCACCUUCUCGGCCAGGGUCCUCAGGAGGAAGGAGAUGGAUGUAAUGUGGAAAAGAAAUGGUACCUACUACCAGACCACGGACCGAGGCGAGGUGCGGGGUGAUCUUUUCACUCUAACACUCCCGAAUGUCAGCAUGACUGAGAAUGGUGUCUACAGUGCCACUUUCAUGGGAGACAGCCCUCUGUGGAGUGCCUUCUACAGACUAAUCGUCAGAGCGUGCGCUGCAAAGAAAUGGGGUCCAUCCUGUGAGAAGGACUGUCCUGACUGCCUGAAUGGGGGCAUCUGUCAUGACCAUGUCGGUGAAUGCAUCUGUCCUCCUGGCUUCACAGGCACCCGCUGUGAGAGAGCCUGCCGGGAAGGCCAGUUUGGCCGCAACUGCCAGGAGACGUGCCAGAGAGCCCAGGGCUGCAGGGGGCUGAGCUUCUGCCUGCCGGACCCCUAUGGCUGCUCCUGUGCCUCAGGGUGGAGCGGCUCCCGCUGCACCCAAGCCUGUCCCCCAGGAUACUAUGGCCCCGACUGCGCUCUGAUGUGUGCCUGCCGGAAUGGUGGCAGUUGUAACCGCUUCAGUGGCUGCAUCUGCCCUGCAGGCUGGCAUGGGCAGCACUGCGAGAAGUCAGACCGCUUCCCCCAGAUCAUCAAACUAGCCUCAGAGCUGGAGUUCAACCUGGGCUCAGAGCCCAUCAUCAGCUGCGUGGCCACCGGCAACCCGCUGCCUGCAAGCGAUGGCGUGGAGCUGCGCAAGGCUGAUGGCACCAUGCUCAAGCUGGUCAAAGCCAUCAUAGAGUCGGGGCAGAUCACGUGCGAGUUUCAGGUGCAGCAUCUGACAAAGGCCGACGCAGGGCUCUGGGAAUGCCGAGUCUCUACUACUGGGGGUCAGGACAGCCGGAAAGUCAAGGUCAACAUUCGAGUGCCACCAGCACCCCUGAGCCCCCCCCGACUGCUGGCCAAGCAGAGUCGCCAGCUUGUGGUGUCACCUGUGGACUGCUUCUCUGGUGAUGGACCCAUUGUCUCUGUCAGAUUGCUCUACAAGCCCAAGGAUGAUGUCUCGGUGUGGUCGUCCAUUGUGGUUGACAACAGUGAAAACAUCACUCUCAUGAACCUCCGGCCAGUGACCGCCUACGUUGUCAAGGUGCAGCUGAGCCGACCAGGGGAUGGUGGUGAGGGCAGCAAGGGACCUGAGGCCAUCAUGGUGACUGAAUGCCUAGAGCCCACAGUCAAACCUGUGAUUGAAGGUUGGUCCAUUGAGGAGAAAAAUACCCUUCACGUCAACUGGAAAUUGCCGAGUAACCAUGAGCCUGCACAUGGGUUCAUUGUCCAUCUCUUUGACUCCGCAAAGCAACUGGUCUGCAAGAAAAACAUCACGUCCAUUUCCGUGCUCUCUGCUCACAUUGGGGGCCUGGAGUUCAAUAAGGAGUAUGGGCUGGAGGUGCUGGUGUAUCACUGCACCAGCCUGGGGCCCCCCUCUGAUCUCUACAAGGUCAUGAUCAACAGCAAAGGGCCUUCCUCCCCACGGUCGCUCUCAGCAGAGCCUGUGUCUGACACAGCCAUCAGGCUCUACUGGCAGGUCCCUGAGUACCCCAACGGGGGCAUCACCAAGUAUAUUGUAGAGCUGCAGCAGGUUGGGGGGACCAGCGAGCCCCAGUGGAUUGACACUGACAAUGGUGCUGAGACAACCAAGAUCAUUGGAGGCCUCAACGCCAGCACCACCUACCAGUUUCGUGUCCGAGCCAACUCCCACGUCCCAGGGGAGUGGAGCCAGCUGGUGAAAGCCAAGACCCUGGGGGAUGGAGCACUGAGUGUGCCACCCAGCUUGGGCAGCCAGAGCACCGAGCAGUCGGGAGUAGACCAGCAGCUGCUCUUGGCCAUCAUCGGCUCCGUGUCCGUCACCUGCCUCACCAUCCUCUUUGCCCUGCUGGCACUUUUUCUCAUCAAGAAGAACUUUUUCCACCGGCGCCGCACCUUCACAUACCAGUCUGGCUCGGUGAGUGCUGCCUGCCCUGCCAGGACAGUGUCCCCAGCUCCCCACGUCCCAGCCCGAUCCAGGUCACGCUCCAUAGCCUCCAGUCCGGAUGCAGCCAGACCUCACCUCCACACAGAGAGGGGAGAAGAGACCAUCCUGCAGUUCAACUCAGGGACCCUGACCCUGACGCGCCGGCCCAAGCCACAGCCCGAACCCCUCAGCUACCCCAUCCUGGAGUGGGAGGACAUCAAGUUUGAGGACAUGAUUGGGGAAGGGAACUUUGGGCAGGUCAUCAGGGCCAUGAUCAAAAAAGAUGGCUUGAAAAUGAAUGCAGCCAUCAAGAUGCUGAAAGAGUUUGCCUCAGAGAAUGACCACCGGGACUUUGCUGGAGAGUUAGAGGUGCUGUGCAAGCUGGGCCAUCACCCCAACAUAAUCAACUUGCUGGGCGCCUGUGAGAACAAGGGUUACCUGUAUAUUGCCAUCGAGUAUGCCCCCUAUGGAAACCUCCUUGACUUCCUCCGCAAAAGCCGAGUUCUGGAGACUGACCCCGCCUUUGCCAAGGAGCAUGGCACCGCGUCCACCCUCACCUCCCAGCAGCUCCUCCAGUUUGCUUCAGACGUGGCCAAGGGGAUGCAGUACCUGAGUGAGAAGCAGUUCAUUCACAGGGACCUGGCAGCCAGAAAUAUCCUGGUGGGAGAAAACCUGGCCUCCAAGAUCGCCGACUUUGGCCUCUCCAGGGGGGAGGAGGUCUACGUGAAGAAGACAAUGGGCCGCUUGCCAGUUCGCUGGAUGGCCAUCGAGUCCCUCAACUACAGCGUGUACACCACCAAGAGCGAUGUGUGGUCCUUUGGCGUCCUUCUCUGGGAGAUCGUCAGCUUGGGGGGCACACCGUAUUGUGGGAUGACGUGUGCUGAGCUCUACGAGAAGCUGCCCCAGGGCUAUCGCAUGGAGAAACCCCGCAACUGUGACGAUGAGGUGUACGAGCUGAUGCGGCAGUGCUGGCGUGACCGUCCCUACGAGCGCCCACCCUUUGCCCAAAUCUCCAUGCAGCUCAUCCGCAUGCUGGAGGCCAGGAAGGCAUACGUGAACAUGGCUUUGUUUGAGAACUUCACCUAUGCAGGGAUUGAUGCCACUGCUGAGGAGGCCUGAAGCUGCACCCAGUUCCAUGCAGCUCCCAGCAGCUUGUGCCCCCAUAGCGGAGGGGUAACGCCAACCCUCAGUCUGCUGGGACACCAAUGUGGGGGCUGCCUGCUACCCCUGCCCAGCAGGUGACCAUGGCUGAAUAACAGUGGCCCCCCUGGAGAGCAUCCUCCCUGUAGCAGGACUGCACUGUGCCCUUCCCAGUUGCUUCCUGAUGCAUGCUGGCUGGGGGACAGCCCCAAAGGACAAGUGCCCGCUGUGUGCCCUACACAGUGUCUGCAGCAGAAAGAAGGGCCCGGUCUCCAGGAGCUGGGAUGCUGCAGCCCACGCCCUGGCAAGACACAAACAUCCAAACUGUAGAGUGAGAAGUGGAAGCAGAGACCGGGCAGCUCCCUACUCUGCAGUUCUCAGCAUGCUCCACUGCAAGCAGAUGGCGAGCAUCACUCCGGCAUGGGAUGCAGCAGCCCCAGUGAAGGAGGAAUGAUGUGCACAGUCUCCAGCUCAACACUGCCCCUUGGAACUCAAUGGCUAUGUUUUAUGGUCAAUAAACAUUGUACAAGGGACAUCUGGCUCCGGUGGAGGGAUGGGGAGUUGAUGCUUUGCUGCUCUUCUGGAGGAUGUGCCCAGUCCCCAGCCCAUCCCUCUGGGGUGUUGUAUAUGACCCCAUGGCAAGGCAUUU